AUGAAUCGAGCUCCGCGCACUCUCCCGUUUCCAUACCAAUUCUGCACAUAUCCACUUUACCCAGCUCAUUUUCGUCUUCCAUCACCAACUCCAGCCUCAGGAUUACUUGCAGUUCUGCCAGAGGAUUUUAAAGCUCCGUGGUUUAUUGAGCACCAGAUCGCAUUGGAAACAGCGAGUAAGAACUUCCAAAACAGUGUUGCUGCUAUGAAUGUCAGCUGCCAGAGAACCAACAAACCACCUGAUAAUAAGGACACUGAAAACCGCCAACUCAAAGAGCAACUCAACGUUUUGACACAAAAGUUGCAGAUGUUCACAUCCAGAAAGGUCCAAGAUGACAGACAAAUUCAGCAAUUCGUAAAAUGCAGUACCGAUCAAGUUGCUGAAAGGAACGCACUCAUUGAGAAGUUACAGGAAGAAAAACAUGUGUUGAAAUUGGAACGUGAAGUGAUGGCUAGAAAAAUCAAGAAAUAUGAGGAAAUGCUUCGGAAUGAUGUGGAGAAAAGAAGAAUUGAAAGAGAAAACUUCGACUCGCAACAAAAAACGUCGAAACUUGAUCUUCUCGCCCACAAAAGACACAUUGAGGAACUGAAAAACGAAGUCAACGAACUUCGUGAUUUCAUCAGCAUUCAGGAGGAAACUAUCACCCGUCAGGAAACUGAAAAAGAUGAACUCUCCAUGAGAAUUGAGAAUUAUAAAAGGAUUCAGAGCAACUUGAAGGAAGGAUUUGAGAAUGUUCUGGGGGAAACCAGAAAGAUUCGACUGGAACUAGAAAAAACGAGAAAGCAUCAACACAAUCUAGACAAGGAGUAUCGCGAAGAUUUGAAACGGACAAAACUUGACAACGACACGCUUACCGAGAGUAAUGAGAAGAAAAACGAGGAGAUUGUUCGACUGAAAGCUGUGGCGGCUACGACACCGACUAAAAGUGUUGUGGUCGUGAGAAACUGCCAAAAACGACAUUGCGAGGAUGAAGAUGAAGACUGGACACCGAAUUCUGAGAGAAAGAAGAGAAAGAUUAAAGAGGAGAAAGUUCAUUAA